CCCCUUCUGCGCGGCGGCCGGCGGCCGGGGAGCCCUCCGGAGCUCGGCCCGGAGGAGGGUCGCAGCGCGCCUGCGCCCUGCCGAGGGGCGCCGUCACUCGGGGGCUUCUGGUUUUUGUUUUCUCUCCUCCUUGCAGCUUCCGGGGGUCGGCGCUCGCCCAGGGGACUACUCUCUAAGGUUGUCUCAAAGCCGCAGGGAAGAUGGUGGAAAAUUCACCGUCGCCAUUGCCAGAAAGAGCGAUUUAUGGCUUUGUUCUUUUCUUAAGCUCCCAGUUUGGCUUCAUACUGUACCUCGUGUGGGCUUUCGUUCCCGAAUCUUGGCUAAACGCCUUGAGCUUGACCUAUUGGCCUCAAAAGUACUGGGCGGUGGCGCUGCCCGUCUACCUCCUCAUCACCAUCGUCAUCGGCUACGUGCUCUUGUUCGGAGUGAACAUGAUGGACACAUCGCCCCUCGACUCCAUUCACACGGUCACAGACAACUACGCCAGAAACCAGCAGCAGAAGGCGUACCAGGAGGAGGCCAUCCCGGCUCUGAGAGAUAUCCCUAUUGGUGAAGUGAACCAGAUGUUCUUCCUUAGGACCAAGGAACUCCACGCCCAAAGCUGACGGUGUGUAUUAGAGACUACCUCCAACCAUUUGUUCCGAUAAGUUUCUACAAAAUAAUGUCAACCAUCAUUCUCUCUCUUAUUAACACCCGGUAUUGAAAUAUCUUGAAAAAUGUUACGUUGAACUUCUCCUCGGUUAAGUUCUACUAAUAUUAUUAAUGUUCUCAAAGACCAGUCAUGAAUGGACAGAGUAAAUAAAACACCACAUGACCACAGAUACAGCAGACGUUUUGGGAAAUACGUGUGAGUGGAAGGAAGCAGGACGUCCCUCCCUGGGGAGAGUCCUCGGUGUUGUCGCUCUCAGAGAACAGUCGUGUCUUUCCUGCUGUUUCUCCUUCGAGGCCCGGAACCCAGACUCGGAUCUGGGAAAGGGUACAUCUGAUGGCAGGGUCCUUGCCGUCUGACUCAUGUCUGUGACACACGCGGUACAUCGAGUACUCACCAGGGACCAGGCAUUUUUCUGGGCACUGAGGACGUUGCAAUGGUAAGCUUCUCAAAGAGCCUACGUUUUAGAGGCAGAUGAAGAAAGACCAAGCGCAUGAAUAAGGCAGUAUUCGUUGUGAUGGGCGCUAUGCAGCGAAUCAGCACGGUGUACGGUUCUAAAAAGUAAAGGGGUGGCUGCUUCAGGUUGAGUGGUCAGGCGGGCUGCUCAGUGAGGGGCAGCUGAGCCUGAGAUUUGAUUAGCAAAAACGGGAGCCAGGCGUGUAAAGACGGGUGGGGCAGGGUGAACCUCCAAGCAGCUAGGACACAGACUUCCACGGGGGAAGGAGCUGCGUGGGUCCUAAGGACCGAGGCGAGCAGGGCGGCCUAGAGCAGGCUCCGGGAGGGCAGCGGUCUGGGGUGAGCCUGGAGAAGUCCAGAUGUUAGUGUGAUGAGUUUGAGGCCCUUUAGAUACUGAGCUGUUGGGAGGCUUUAAGGAGAGGAGUGACGUCGCCUGCCUUAUAGUUUCAAAAAGCCACUGGCUGGCGGAGAGAGGAUGGAUCUGGAAGGGGAGUUAGCGAUGAAACAAGAGCGGAAGUAAGGCGGCCAGGCAGUAGGCCGUUGUACUAGUCCAGGCAGGACCUGCCCCUUAGAGCAGAGGAUAGCGUGGGGCUGGGAGGGGCAGCGAGCUCCUCAGCCUGCGCUGGAGACCCAGCCGACUGGGCAGGUGGACCGGCUACGAGAGAAGGUGGGGUCAAGGGUGUUUGGAUCAAGGCACUGAGUAGGUGGUUGUGCCUUUACUGAAUGAGACAGUAUUCAGAGACGUACACGGCGGGGUUGGAGACUUGUUACAUGAGUUAGAGUGACACCCCUUCGUUAACACCUGGAUGUUAACAGUAAGUGUAACAGUAAGAAGCUCAGAUAGAAGUAAGCUGUACAAAAGCAAACCACAUAUCAUUUUGCAAGAAUAUUCUCACAGCAGGCCCUCAGGACCAAAUCUAAGCUCGCCUAACAGCAAGGGCUUCUACCUUUGACACCCGAGUGAGUGGAGUCACACAUGUUAACGUAUGCAAAUUUAACUACACCUUCUGUAAGAAAAAGAAACGAAUAAUUUUAAGUAGUUGGGAAUCCUGGGACUUCCAGUUCAUGAAUCAUGUAUCUGCUCAGGAAGCAUGAGACGGCAGCACGAGUCUGCUGUUCCUGUUCCCUAGUGUGUCCCAGGUCGUGUGUUCCUCGAACCAGGGGGUUUCUGGGCAAGAUGACACCUGCUCCACGUGACGCAGAGGGAACCCUCUCCGGGAACAACAUGUCUGGCUCGGGCUGUGUCUGCAAAUCCAAAGAGCCCAGGCUCCGCUGGUACAGAUCAUGGUCACAGGGGUCACGUGGCCAGGGCUGGAUGACACCAGCCCGAGCCUCACAGUGACUCGGCUGCCACACUGCUCACACCACGGUCAGCCAGGGUGGCCCACUUGAGUUAUAAAGCACGUUUACCUGGCUCCCAGAUGUUAGAAGCAGGUGUGAGUUGGCCUGCCUCAGUGGCUGGGGCCGCCUCGGGAGCCCCAUCCGGCCCUCUGACACUGGUUUCUGCAGCUCCUCCCUGUUCUCAGUUGGUGCACUGUGGGUUGGCGUGUUCUGCAGGCCAAAGCCAGGCCCUCUUCCCUGCAUGAGAUAUGAGAAGGCUGGGCCUACAGUCUAGAGACUUGGCCCGACCAGCUGCCCCCGCAAGAGCACGUGGGGGCUGCAGCCUGGGAGGUCCAGGCAAAGCGCAGACGGUACAGUGAGUGGCCUUUACCCGUGUGCACCCACCUGAGAGGCCACGCGGCUCCCCUGAGUGUAAAGAGUAGCAGGGGGGAGAAAAUGGCUGAAGUGUCUCCCGCUUGCUCCUUCCCCGGGCAGGCAGAUGGUGUCGAUGACUGCGGCGGAAACACAGGAAAAUAACUAUGGUUCCUGUACACUGUCUGCCCUCCCCUGUUUAGAUGAUGAGUAGAGAGAACAUCUUUGUGGCUGAAAUCGUCUUGUGACAUGGCGUCCCUGGGCUAGGUCCCUUACAGUGGAAUUAUUACAGCAACAAAGGGCCUGAACAUUUUUCAGACACUUCAUAUAUGAUUCCAGACUGAUCUCUAACAAGGUUACAUCCAUUUACACACCCCUAUAAUUCACUAACACUGGGCACCAUGCCUAUACGGGUGUGGUAGCUAAUUUUGUGUGUCGACUUGCCUAGGCUAAGGGACGCCUGGGCAGCUGGCAACGCAUGAGUUCUGGGUGUGUCUGUGAGGGCGCUGGCAGUCGAGUCAGUGACUGAGUGAGCAAGGUCUGCCCUCCCAGGUGGGCGGGCAUCGCCCGAUCCCUUGGGGCCCAAAUAGAACAGAAGGCAGAGGAAGGGCAAAUUGGCUCUUCCUGAGCUGGGACACCCACCUUCUCCUGCCCGUGGGCGUCGACGCUUCGCUCUCAGACCUCCGGACUCGGCGCGCUUGCCUGGGUCUGCAGCUCACAGGUGACGGCUUGUGGCACUUCUCAGCCUCCACGGUCACCGUCCUGUUGGCUGUGUCUUCCCGGAGGACGCUGCUCCCAGCACAGAGGGGCUAAGUGCCCUGGUGAAUGGAGGAAAGCUCAGAGGCUCCUGUGUUAAGUCGUCAGAACAGGUACAAGUAAGUUGUUUCGAAGAUGGAAUGAGAGAGGAGUCAACUUUUUUCCCUAUUUUCAGGAGUCAAAUCGUUGAAGGACCGAAAUAAUCAGAAUUAUCACUGUGGAGAUCUUUUAACAACCUUAAAUUACUAGGAAGCCAUCGUUGUUUGCUUUCCACUUUCAAAUUUUGAUGAGUCUUAAGAUUUUUUUCCUGAAGUUACUAAAGUUACUAGUUUGUGAAACUAGUCCGAUAGCUUCUACAGACCAAACUCCCCAUCAGCAUCUGACGUGAAGGUUGAAUUUAAUGUCGUGAAAGACGGAUGACCGGCUGCAGGAUCAGCAGGCACUUAGAAAUAAUGGCCCUGGCCACAAAGGCACACAAAUGAAAGAAUUGUCAGCCCAGGACAGAGAUUCUAUCAGUGACGAAUCCGCAUUUCACUUGACUACUGAUCUGGUACAGUCAUGGGAAAACUAAUAGAAGUGACCCCAGUGAGCAGACAGACUGGGGCCGUUUGUUUCUUAAGUGAAACUUCCAGGCACCCAGCCUCAGCCUUUGCUUUUCCAUCACCCCUGAGUGGCAGUUGGCAGAGAGAGAUGACCUUUACUUAACCUUGAGAAUAACUCGACCCCUUCCUGGUCAAAAUAAGGAAUGUGUGUCAAUGCCUGUUGACCAUCCAUUUACAGGAGUUAUUGGGUGUUUGGUGUAAGUCAAUGAUAUCUUUGCCUUUUUGAACUUUAUUUUACAAAAUAAAUAUCGUAGGUCAUCUUGGAAGUCAGGGCCACACACCAGGUACAGAUGUAUGACAGAUUCAAAAGGUGACUUUGAUCUGUUUUGUUUUGUUUGGGAUUUUUUUGUUGUUGGUUUUUUUUUUUUUAAACUCAAACAUUCAUCUGAUUGAAGAUAAAGAAAUAACCAGGUUUCAUCUGCCACAGUCUUACUGGAAGAAAAUCUACUUUCAUUCCUUGAGGUAUUUAACAAAUGUUCUUUGCUGUCAGCAACUCAAGAGAUAAGUAAUUUCACAACAAAUCCAGAAUCUAGACUUAACCCCUUCCCUCCCGAACAUACCUGUGUAGUGGUUUGUUCAAAUUCUGACGAAAAUGAAAUCAGAUCAGAUAACCAAGCCCCGAAGAAAACGGUUUCAGUGAAGGUAGGUCCCCAGCUUGCCCUCAUUUUCACCUCUCCAAUCCGUCCCCGUCAGGGGCUGCUUGUCACCAAGGAGGCCAGUGCUUUGGGCUAAAUCCGGCUUUCCCCCCUGGAUUAAUCAUGAAAAUGCCAUGAGCCAAACAGCUUACAUGAUGGAAGGGUAUUGAUGAAUCCACCAACCACACGUCCUAUGGUGGAGCAAUACAAGACUACCUUUGAUUGCAAGUCUGUAAGAUUGUGGCUAAGGUUAUUUCAUGAUUAUAGAAUCUUAGCUCUACACUAAUAAUGAAUAUGAAAUGAUAUCUAAUGACUGAUGUUUUAAAUAUUUUCAUUGUUUUAAUAUUACUUUUGAAAGUAAUACAAAUGCAUUGUGGGAAAUUUUAAAACUAUAGAAAACAAAAAAUUACUUAUAAUCUGUCAUUCAGAGAUACUCUUAAUGGUUUUGUAGGAGCCCUUCUAAGAAUGUGUGCAUGUUUAACAACAACAAAAACCACACUGUAAAUAUAAUUUUGCCUCAUUUUUCAAAUAACAUUAUAUUGUGAACAUUUAACAAUGGUAUAUUAUUAUAUCACAGAGAUGCACCAUAACUUAUCUCACAAAUUUCCUGUUAUUGGAUUGUAGAAUGAUUCUAAGUUUUCAUUUUUAUAAAUAUGAUUAUAGCAAA